GCAGCCAUUCGGUUUACUAAAUCACUUUCAUCCCAUUCCCAUCCGCCGCCUGCUCUGCCCAUCUCACCGUCUCGUCAUUGUUAUCCAUACACAGGAUUGACCACUUUCUGUGUAGGCGACGUGUACGGUGUGCCAUCCAGUCUGUGAUCGUAAACGUCUUGCUGGCGUUCUAGAUCUAAGAGGUACCACGGCUCGGCUGCUUACCCAAAGCAUCGCUAUAACUUCGAAUCCCGAUACCAUUCGUGUGCUUGAUAAAAGCCCUGUUCCUACCACCGCCCUGUCCUUUCGUUACCUGUCGCAGAACAUCGGACCUGUCUCUCUCCCUUCGCACACUUCGCUUUAUCUGUCUGGCUUCUUCUGUCCUUACCGUCUUCGACGCCACCGCCAGUCAACCGCUCUCCACCAUCUGUUCAUCUGGCUCUAUACCAUUAUCGUGUAGUCCACCGUUACCGCUUGUUCGCGUUCGCAUCGUCCAGUUCAACCGGGACUGCUGUCCCCAAAUCCGUCAGCCACGCUAGGAAGACUUCAAAGUGCCGCCAAAGGGGACGGAGAACCGGGCACGAAUAUGGCGGCGUCGGUAGCCCACUCUCCGUCUUCCCGAAAAGAUUUGUCAUCUUUUCCCUCUAAUCCAGCCGUCGUGGGUGCUUUUGCAGGGAAUUUUAUGGCUACAGACAGUGCCCUACAAUCCUCCCCAUUCGUGGCUGCGCAAAGAGAUGGUCUACCUUCUACAUCGCUAAAGAGAACAGGUUCCUUUGCCACUCCGGCACGUCCCCGACGAUGCAGAGACCUUCAAGACCCUCCUAAUAAGCCAUCGUCCCUUCCUCGACCUAUCCGUAGUACAUUUGCAAACUUUAGCCAAAGCCUGGACCCAGCAUCCGUUUCGGAAGCAAUGGAAACAGACCCGAUUACGGAGCAACCUGAUCAUCAACAACAUUCCACUUGGUCUUCAUUCACGCUACCAUCUGCCGCAAUAGCAUCACUCGCGCCUUCUCAUCAGCUGCAAAACUUUGCCGUACCCUCACCUAUGCCGCCAAAAACCACCACAGAUCCUUUUGCGUGGCAUCAAAGCUCUACCGUGCCCGACACGCCUUCAGCAAAUGACCACCGGUUUGGUUCUAAUUACACAACUCACUUUAUUCACAAGCGGACAGCUUCGGCGCAAUCCGAACCCGAUAUGUCCCAGGACCGAAGUGCAACAGCUUUCUUUACUCCCCAAACAAAGCUCGUGAAGCCAAAUCCAGCCGCUUUCCACUCGACUGGUCUCUUGUCGAAAAAGAACCGGCCACGCCCUUCCAUUUCUAAACCGAUGCCUGAGACUCCCUUGAAAAAGGGAUCUCACUAUCCGCAGUACAGAAGCGCAGGCGGAAGCAAUGUUUUCAAGAGUUCUGCACCGGCCACGGCCCCUCCGGCCACAACAGCACCUGUUCCUGGAACGCCAACCUCUGGGUUGCCUCCCACCCCUACGCGAUUCCCUCCUAGCUCUAUCAAGGCGAAACACUAUCGCAGCCCGCUGCAGGAGUCCCCCAUAAAGAAUGCCAAAAAGCCACAUCUGAAUGGAGAUGAUUUUGGCUCGCCAACAGCCUCUAGGUCCUUUUGGGAUAUGGGGGGCGAUUUAGGGACCAAAGAUAGCCCCAGUAGAAUGGCUAUAUGUACAGCACAAUCAUCGUUUGCCCGAAACCUAGACCCCACGCAUAGUCCUAGCACUGAGCGAUCCAGGGUCCGCAGCCUCUCCUCCCCAGCAACCCAGGCGUCGUCGCUGUUUGCAGCUCAUUUUAACCACGAGCAGUCCUUCCACAACAAUGAAAACCAUACACCUUUGAAGUCUUCAAUGUCUCUUGAGAAUAUCUUCUCGACCGAUGAUAGCAUGUCAAUAGGGCGAGGCAUCUUUAACGUUGCAGGUCAAAAAGGCAGCGAUAUGAUGGACUGCGACGACGAUGUCCAUACACCAACGACCGCACUGCCACCGUCGCCAGCCGGACUUAAUAUAUCACGACAUUCUGUGCUCAAAGCGUACAGCCAUUUGGUCACGCCAUACCCUGUUUUUCUGACAGCAGAGUACUUUCAACGACUGCGUGAACGGGCCGGAAAUCCACCGUCCCCAAAUAAAUCGGAGGUCAAUGGUGUUCAUCCAGACUACCUUGAUGCGAAUUUCCGUAUCCUUGCAAGACUAGGACGCGGAUCAUUCGCUGAUGCAUACAAGGUGCAAAGCAAGGCUGAUGGAAAUAUCUAUGCUGUGAAGAAGACGAGGCAAUCGUUUACUGGAUACAAGGACGGGCUUGCCAAGUUGGAGGAAGUUGAGAUACUCUGGGCUAUUGGAUAUAACCCGCACUGUGUCAGUCUUGUCAAUGCUUGGGUACAAUACGGCUAUCUCUAUUUGCAGACAGAGCUCUGUGAAGGUGGCAGCCUACAUGCCUACCUGGAGGAUCACUGCCGGGACUCAUCACUUGAUGAAUAUCGGACUUGGCGCAUAUUAUCUGAUAUUGCUCUGGGCUUGAAGCACAUACAUGAGUUGAAUCUUGUCCACCUCGAUAUCAAACCAGGCAAUAUAUUCAUUACAGCCAAUGGGUCUCUGAAAAUUGGCGACUUUGGUCUCGCAUCAAGAUCUCCAGUGCCUCGAGGCGAUGACCGAGAAGGAGACCGAACCUACAUAGCACCCGAGAUUCUUCGAGACGCUAUGUUUGGCAAACCUGCAGAUGUCUUCAGUCUUGGUCUAAUCAUUUUGGAGAUCACCGCCAAUGUCAUUUUGCCUGAGAACGGCCCAUACUGGCAUAAAUUACGACAAGGGGAUCUGUCAGAGAUUAACUUUGGAGAAGACGUAUCGCCGGCUCUUGUAGAUUUGAUUCGAAGUAUGCUCGAUCCUGAUCCUGCUAUGAGACCAACUGUCGAGGCCAUCCUUACGCAUCCGUACCUGGCCCAAAUCAUGUCGAACCAUAGUGUCGAUGGGCCACUUGCGGUCCCGCCAAAAGCUUGAGGAAGGGCAUGUCGGCUUGUCUGUUGCGUUGGUGUUGGGCUUACAAUCUUGAACAGUUUCAUCUUUUUGGCGGAGGCAUCCUUACGAUCUUGGGUGUGCCUAUAUGGAUGCUUAGGUUGGGGCACCUUUUUUUUGGACAUUAUAUUCGGGAGCAUUUCAUCUUUGGUUGAGGGGCUUUGUGCCGUCGUGUAGAUUAGUUAUUUGGGAAGACGUAGCUAAAAGCUACCAGAGGAAUAUAUCCUCUCUUGGGCUGAAAUGUGUGUAAGCGAUACUUUUUUUUAUGCUAUCAGACACGGAAACAGAAGUACACAUUGUUUGCAG